UUUGGUGCAACAAUAUAAUUUUGCCCGAAAUUAUCUAAUGGUUGCUUAAAUUAUAUCUUUUCAAAAAAAACAAAAUGGUUCGUUCGUUAUUAAUUAGUUCUCAAAAAUUAGUUAAGCCAAUUUCACGACAUACUGUUUUUCCGGCAAAUAAUUUAAAGAGACAAAAUCCGAUAAUAAAUUCAACACGAUUAAAGAUUUUUUAUUCCACUACAGCGAUAAAUACAACCACCAAAAAGUCUCAGCCACUACCGAGGCCUUUACCCGAAAUUAAAAAUAAUACCACUCAAUAUGUCAUUUUUGGAAUAAUUGGUGUCAGCUUUUGGGUUGGAGCUAUAAUUGCUUCAUUUAAUUAUCAACGCUUGAAUAGUAGCACUGUACAAGGAAGUCUGUUUAAUUUAAAAUAUCAUCCUAAAGCUUUAGAAUUAUUGGGGAAAAAUAUUAAUUUCACUUCUGGUUUACCUUGGAUUAAGGGAAGCAUUAAUCAUUUAAAAGGCAAAGUAGA